AUGAACCAAUGGUCCAGUUACCUGUUGGGAUGGAUGACCUUCCUCCUCUACUCCUAUGAGACAAGUGGAAAUAAGAAAGAUGCCUGCAUCUUUCCUUUCAUCUACAAGGGGUCUACUUACUUCUCUUGCACCAGAACCAAUAGCUUCUCCCCUUGGUGUGCAACUAGAGCAGUUUAUGAUGGACAAUGGAAGACUUGCGUGACAGAAGAUUACCCACGCUGCAUCUUCCCCUUCGUCUAUCGAGGAAGGUCCCAUUACAACUGCAUCACGGAAGGCAGCUUGCUUGGAAAACUGUGGUGCUCUGUCACCUCCAGCUUUGAUGAGAAGCAGCAGUGGAAAUACUGUGAAAUAAAUGAGUAUGGGGGAAAUUCUUUCAGCAAGCCGUGCAUCUUCCCGUCCAUCUACAGAAAUAAUGUGAUCUCUGAAUGCAUUGACGAUGACAGCAACAAGCUCUGGUGCCCAACCACAGAGAACAUGGAUAAGGAUGGAAAGUGGAGUCUCUGUGCCGACAUCAGAAUUUCCUCAUUGGUUCCUGGCUAUCCUUGCCACUUCCCAUUCACCUAUAAAAACAAGAGUUAUUUUAACUGCACUAACAAAGGAUCAAAGGAGAACCUUUUAUGGUGUGCAACCUCUUACAACUAUGACCGAGACCACACCUGGGUGUAUUGCUGA